AUGGAGAAUCAUAACAAUAAUAACAAGCGAAAGGUCAUCGUGAUGGAUGAAUCCCAUGUUGAAACUAAGAAUUCAAAGUCUCCCCAAAAAGAUAUUCCUGAAAAAGAAUCAAUCGAUUCACCCAAAGAAAUUUCUCCAUUUCUUCUUUUUGGAUUCAUUGUUAAUCAUAGGAAAGGAAUUCAAAAUGCUUACUCGUGCAAAUUUUGUAGCAGAAAGUUCACUGCUCCACAUGCAUUAGGUGGCCAUCAAAGUUCUCACAAAUUUGACAAAAGCCUGGUCAAAAAAAGGAUCCAAGCUUUUAACGAAACUUGGAUGAAUUACUCAAAUGGGUCAACAAACUUCCAUGCAAGAAAUUUGUAUGGUGCAUUGCCGCAUGUUCCACAUAUAGAUGGAGUUAAUGAGGCUGAUCAAGGCAUUGCGAGUCAUCAUAAAGUUAAUAUGACUGAGAUUGCAGAGGGAGGUGUUGUUAGUGAUGAAGUUGAUUAG